UCCGGUAUGGACUCCGUGUACUCCGACAUCGACAGCAACAGCUGCGACUUCUUCCCGCACACCGACGACGAGGACUCCCGCAGCAGCCUGCGCUCCGCCUCCCCGGAGCCCGAGCAGCAGCUGCAGCAGCAGAAGAAGCGGCGCCGCGGCCGCGCCCGCAGCGAGGCCACCGUGCAGGUGGUGAAGAAGAACCGGCGCUUGAAGGCCAACGACCGGGAGAGGAACCGUAUGCACAACCUGAACGACGCGCUGGACGCGCUGCGCGGCGUCCUGCCGGCCUUCCCGGACGAGACCAAACUCACCAAAAUCGAGACUCUGCGCUUUGCGCACAACUACAUCUGGGCGCUGUCAGAGACCAUCCGCAUCGCCGACCUGCAGGCGGGAAAGACCGGCGACGCCGCCCUGCUGCUGAGCCCCGCGUGCCUCGGCGAAGCCCCGAGUCCCGGCAGCGACGCCUGCUCCUGGAGCUCCAGCGGCUCCUCCUCCUCCUCCUCCCCGGCUUACUGCGCCUCCAGCCCGGGUAGUCCCGCCGCACCGGAGGACUGCAGCUACCUGCAGCAGGACGCGCUGUACGGCUUCCGCAGCUUCGUGCCGGGCAUCUUCUGA